AUGGAUGUGGAGAGGAAGUAUCGUGUCGUCUCUUGUGUGACAUGGGUUCACAGAAGGCGUUACACAUUGACGGUAGAAGGUAUUGGUUCGCAGAGGGUAACUUCUUCGCGCGGACAGACGACUCUGGUGAUGCGAUCAUAUCACGAUGCAGAAUUUGAGUGCCGUUUGGAUGCGCACAUUUUGCCUAGUAUAACUUCGACGAUUCCCGCAUCUCCAAUUGACACGAGCGGGUACAAACACUUACAUAACAUACCACUGGCUGAUCCGACAUUUCACACGCCAGGAAGCAUCGAUGUACGUAUUGGAGCGGACAUCAUGGGCAUGCUUCUCCUGGGUGAAACUAUCACUGGUGGGCCUAAGCAGCCGUGCGCUCUCCAUACGCGUCUCGGUUGGGUCAUAUGCGGACCUACAUCGCCACGCUGUGCGUCACUCCCCGCCUUGGGCACACCGACCGAAUGUGUUACCGAGGAGGAGCGACUCGAUGAGAUUCUUCAACGCUUCUGGGAACUGGAGGAGGUUCCUCGCCCCAAAACGACCGAUGACAUUUGCGAGGAGAUUUUCCACCGAACCGUAUCGCGCAAGAGCAAUGGCCGAUACAUAGUGCAGAUCCCAUUUUCUCCGGAUGCGCCUGCACUCGGUGAUUCCUACGGCAAGGCGCUGGGCCACUUUUUCAACCUUGAGAGGCGUCUGAGGGGUGAUGAUGACUUGCGCCAGAAGUAUGUUCAGUUUAUGCGCGAGUACGAGACGCUCGGCCACAUGGAGAAGAUCACGCUACAACGAGAUGAUCCAUCCCACGCCUACUUUAUACGGCACCAUGCUGUCACCGCGAAAUUCCGUGUGGUCUUCAACGCUUCGGCGAAGAGCAGCAAUGGCGUCUCCUUGAACGACACUCAGCUGGUUGGGCCGGCAGUUCAAGAUCCACUAGUUGACAUCCUCUUACGCUUUCGUCGAUUCCGCGUAGCUGUCACGGCUGACAUCGAGAAGAUGUUCCGGCAAAUCGAAGUGGACUCCAGGCAUCGAUGUUGGCAGCAGAUCCUCUGGUGCGAAAGCCCUAAUGACCCGCUCCGUGCGUAUCAACUGAAGACUCUCACCUACGGUAUGGCUUGCAGCCCUUAUAACGCUGCUCGUGUUCUGAACCAGUGCGCCAUUGACAACCAAAUCGUGGUUCCUGAUGCUAAUCGAGCUGCAGCUGCACGGGACAGUAUCUUACGCAACUUUUAUAUGGAGGAUCUCCUGGAUAGCGCUGACACGCCAAUUGAAGCAAUCACGUUAGCGCGAGUCGUUUCCACAAUAUUGUAA